CCCGGCAAAACCAGGAGCCCAUGAGCACCACGAGUGGCAAAGCCAGGCACCCACGGGCACCAUGAGCGGCAGAGUCGGGGACCUGAGCUCCCAGCAGCAGGAGGCGCUGGCCAGGUUCCGGGGUAACCUCCAGGACCUGCUGCCGACCAUGCCCAAAGCUGAUGACUACUUCCUCCUGCGCUGGCUGCGAGCUCAGAACUUUGACUUGAAGAAAUCCGAGGACAUGCUCCGGAAGCACAUGGAGUUCCGGAAGCAACAGGACCUGGACAACAUCCUCACAUGGCAGGCCUCAGAGGUGGUCCAGCUGUAUGACUCAGGUGGUCUGUGCGGCUACGACUAUGAAGGCUGCCCCGUGUGGUUCGACUUAGUCGGGGCCCUGGACCCCAAGGGUCUCCUCCUGUCAGCUUCCAAGCAGGAACUGAUCCGGAAGCGCAUCAAAGCCUUUGAACUGCUUUUGAAGGAGUGUGAGCUACAGAGUCAGAAGCUGGGCAGGAAGAUCGAGACGGCAGUGAUUGUGUUUGACUUGGAGGGGCUGAGCCUGAAACACCUGUGGAAGCCAGCUGUGGAGGUCUACCAACAGUAUUUUGCCCUCGUGGAAGCAAAUUAUCCUGAGACGAUAAAGCACUUACUUGUUGUUCGAGCCCCCAGGCUGUUCCCUGUGGCCUUCAACUUGGUCAAGUCAUUCUUGACUGAAGUGACUCAAAAGAAGAUAGUCAUUCUAGGAGGCAACUGGAAGCAGGAGAUAUCAAAGUUCAUCAGCCCCGACCAGAUACCCAUGGAGUAUGGGGGGACCAUGACUGACCCCGAUGGCAACCCCAAGUGCCUGACCAAGAUCAACUACGGGGGCGAGGUGCCCAAGAGCUACUACCUGCACAACCAGGUGAGGGUGCAGUAUGAGCACACGGCGACCGUGGGCCGCGGCUCCUCCCUGCAGGUGGAUAACGAGAUCCUGUUCCCAGGCUGUGUGCUCAGGUGGCAGUUUGCAUCAGAUGGAGCAGACAUCGGCUUUGGGGUUUUCCUGAAGACCAAGCAGGGGGAGCGGCAGCGGGUAGGGGACAUGACGGAGGUGCUGUCCAGCCAGCGCUACAACGCCCACAUGGUGCCAGAGGAUGGGAGCCUCACCUGCCACGAGCCUGGCGUCUAUGUCCUGCGCUUCGACAACACCUACAGCCUGAUACACGCCAAGAAGGUCAGCUAUACUGUGGAGGUGUUGCUCCCCGACAAGGCCUCUGAGGAGAAGAUUCAUGGUCUUGAGACAACAGGAUCGUCUCCAGCACAAUGAAGAUGCUGGCUGCCUCUGUGUCCGUGCUCUCCAAUUCCCUUGCACCCCUCUCCCUGGCCCCUCCUCUCCCAGGGAGGGUGGUACUGGAGGUGACCUCAGAGAUCACUCACCCCAUAUCGCCAUCUCAGCUCCUCAUGGGCCCACCUGGCACAAUAGCCAAGCAGGAAGGAGACACCCAGUGCAUAAGCCACCCAGAGGAUUCAGACAAGCAUCUUAUUCCCUGUUCACAGAGAAUGAGAACCCUGAGGAUGAACCAGCAUCCACUGAGGAAGGGUCCUGACUACAGAAGCUGCCCUGUAUCCCUCCUGACAAGGUCCACCUGUCCCAAGACUCACCCAUGCCUGGUAUCCCGGCUUGGGGGCACAUACCGGGGGUGCCAAAACAUGUAUACCGAUUGACACUUUGGUCAACAUUGCUCAAGCAGUAGUUUGCCAUCAUCAGAAGUGUCUGGACGCUGAUGGUAACCACUUUGAACACCUCUUGUAAUUG